ACUGAACACACUCCGACGACGACGGUCGCGAGUGGCUUUCACAACCGCUGCAACAGCGAGCACACGCGCAUGCACACGUCGACGGUCGACGUUUCGCGUUUCGCGUUUUUGUGUUUUCUCCGCCGCCGCCGUGCGUGUUUCUCUUUUCCCAUGUCAGUACAGUCGCCGAAUCCGUCGGAAUCUCUCGCGUUGUACGCCACCCAUACUCGGUACAUUCGUCUUGCCCAUAUCGUCUUCAUCGUCGAUCGUUUGUAACAAUAAUUGUUAUACCAGUAUCACAUACGAAUAGAGAGAUCCGUGCUAUUAUUAUUAUUACAGCGGCGCGUACCUUUAUCGAUCGUCAUUAUUCAUCGACAAUCGACUGCAGUCGAUAUAAUAUUAUAUUAUUGAUCGUGUACCUAUUAUAAUAUUGUAGGUAGUCACCAAGUCCUCCGCAAUCGUCGGGGAAAUUCGUGGACCGAAAAGACCUGAGGAGAACACCGCACAUCAUCAUCAGCGUCAACGGCGUAACGACGACAACGAAUUGGCACUGCACGCACAUAACCUGUGGGCAUAAAAAAAAAAUUAUAUAUAAUUGUAUCAACUGUCGUAGCAGUUCGAGGUGCCUGCGUCUUCACAGCCAGACUAUUCAUCCAGAUUUAUAGAUAUCUCACCUGUUCACACAUGUUCGUCUCGUCACCGCUGCUGGUCGUUGUUAUCGAGGCUUAGAUGUUGCCUCAAUUUACUGCCUUAAGAAAUGCCUGGAUUGAAAGAUAUGUCGAUGCAACAACCAGGAAAUAAUAACAAAAGAGAGCUUAACGAAAAACCAAUUAUGCCGUACCACCGAAACAGCGUCAAUUCAAAUGGAUACUCAACAGAUGGAGGCCAACAAAGUAUUGCAGGCGAGGAGAGGAACAGCGAUGAAAAUAAUUCAGCCCCAACUUACGUGAUCGAACAUUUAGCCACAUUUACUGUCUCAAAAAGUACUGGUAUAGUUUACCCAGCAGAUGGAAUGAGGAGACUAUUACACCUUGAAAAAUCGAAUGGUAUUUGGUCACAAAAAAUGCAACUGCGUCUCGAUCAAUCUUGGGUCUUGAUAAUGGAUUUUGAAACGGGUGCUGUAAUGGAACGAUUUCCAAUUUCAUUAGUGAAAGAACCGACUGCUUUUACAAGUAACGAUCCAAUGGAAAUUUAUAACAAUAUUCUAGUAUUCGUAGUUGGUCAAGUUGAUUCACGAUCGGAGAUGCACAUAUUCCAAAGCCAAAGUGUACCCGCUCAAGAAUUAGUUGAUGACCUAAAGCUGCUGAGGUCUGGAAAAGGAAUUAAUAGAAAGUCAAGACAUGUACCACCUCCCCCACCAACACCACCACCAAAUCCGCCACCAAAUGGAGUCAGUGUACGAGAACAAGUGUCUGUUUUUAAUGCUGUUGCUCAUCACUCUGAUAAUGUCACUAGAGUUGAUGAUGAAACUAGUUCGACGUCUAGUGAAAAAUACGAGAGAGAUGUUAUAGUACUGAAUCACUGCUUUGAUGAUAUUGAGAAAUUCAUUGCAAGGUUACAACAUGCAGCCGCUGCAUCUCGAGAACUGGAACGUCGAAGAAGGAAUCGUAAAUCGAAAAAGAAGGACAUAGGAGACGGAAUGCUUACAAUGAGAGCUAAACCACCUCCAGAAAUUGAGUUCAUUGAUAUCUUUCAAAAAUUCAAACUGUCAUUUAAUCUUUUGGCUAAAUUAAAAGCUCACAUUCACGAUCCAAAUGCUCCAGAACUUGUACAUUUCUUGUUCACUCCAUUGGCAUUAAUUGUUGACGCUUCUCAUGACACUCAAUAUAAACCGAAUAUCCCAUCUAGAGUUGUUUCACCUUUACUUACAAGGGACGCAAUCAAUCUCUUGAUGAACUGUGUAACCAGUAAAGAAACAGAAUUAUGGCAUUCUUUAGGCGAUGCUUGGCUUAUACCAAGAGAGCAAUGGAAAGGCUAUGCGGCUCCUUACCAUCCAAUUUUUAUGGAUGGGUGGUCACCAGAGUAUCCGAUUCCAGUUUCUGAUGACCAUUUAAUCAAUGUUCCGACUACCGGUGCAAUUGAAUCAAAGAAAUCAAGAGACGAAAUUAAAAAUUCAAAUCCUGAGGGAGAAUUGCGAGACACUUUAUAUCAUCAUCGUGAUCGAGAACACGCUGGUGUAGCUGAUGAUAGCAGUGACUAUUUUGAAUAUGAACACGAACAGUCAGCUAUGAUGGGCAUCAGACCACAGUAUACAUUUAAUACUGGUGGUAACUAUUCUGGCCAUCAUCAAGAACAAUUUGGACCAGAUGAUAGAGAUGAUACACAUAGUUUGGAAGGCGAAUCUGAACCUGAUUUUAACACACUGUCGCUUCAUAGUCCACCAAGAAUGGAUAAAGAACGUGCAGAUAAUAUGGCGGCACGCAGUGACAUAUCUGCCGAUUCGAUUGAGCGUAAUAAUGCAAGCGGACCGGGAAGUGAGAGAUUUGAAAGAGCUCAAGCUAGGUGGUUGGAAGACAUGCGAGCUCGAGGUGUAAAAAUAGUUCAAGUAACCUAUCCGAGAACGGCAAAUAAUGAUAAAGAACUAUCUGUUGUACGUGGUGAAUUGUUAGAAAUUUUGGAUGACAGUAGAAAAUGGUGGAAAGCUCGAAAUAACCGUUCACAGGUAGCUCAUGUACCACAUACCAUUGUUACACCGUUUAAUCCAAUGCUGGACUCAAACGAUAUAUUUACAAAUCCAGUGUACGCUAAAGGGUAUGACAAGAGAUCAGCUUCACAAUCACAAAAUUACACACAAGAAUCUAUAAAAAGUGAAUUUGUUGAUCAAAGCAUGAGUUCUGAUCCAUCCAGAAAUACUUCUGUACCACCACCGGUUCCAGCACCGGCUGAUUGGGUACGAAAAGAACGAAUUGGUAAAAAAGGAGAAUUCCGUUAUUUUUAGUUAGUUAAAAUUUAUAAAUAUACUCCAAUAAAUCUUGAUUGACAGUAAUUUAUAUUAUUAUUUUUUAUUUUUAAGGAACAUUUUUUUUUUGUUUUUAUUUGUUAUAAAAUUUGUUUUGUGAAUAUAUCAUUAUAAUAACUUAUAAUGCAUGUUCUAGUUGUGUAAGACAUUUUGAUGAUUUUUAAAAUUGUUGAGUUUAUGUUUUUAAUCAAUUUUGUUGUCUUUUAUACUAUUAUACUA